UUCGUAUUGUAAUGAAAUCGUUUUGUCUGAACAUUUGCUUUGGAAGUCAAGUAACAUUAGUUCAUCUUCUAUCGAGAGUCCUGGCCUGCCCAGGCUGUGAAGCGACGAGAGUUACUAUGUGAUUUGUAACAGUGCAGUGGUACCAUUUCUUGGAUAAUGGCGAGCAAAAGAAAACACGCUCCUGAUGAUAACAAUGGGGCGAAAGUGGCUCGCGUGAAAACGGAGUCCAAAUUCGUCGAUGGCUCUAUUCUGAAGUUGAAAGUUCGAGAUUUUCUAACAUACUCAGAAUGUGUGUAUGACUUUGGGCCUGGCCUGAACGUUCUGCUUGGACCUAAUGGCACGGGGAAGUCGUCAGUCGUGUGUGCUCUGUGUCUGGGUCUGGCCGGAGCACAAAACCUGCUUGGCCGAGCGAGAGAGAUUGGUGAUUUUGUUCGUCAUGGGCAAGAAGAAGCCUGGAUUCAGGUUGAUGUGUUCCGUCAGCAGGGGAACAUCAGGUUUGAGCGUCAUAUCAAGCGGGAAAACAACAUCUCUCACUGGAAGAUUAACCGUCAGCCGGCCACUCUGAAAAAGGUGCAAGAAGCCGUAGCUCAGCUGCAUAUCCAGCUUGACAAUCUUUGCCAAUUCCUGCCGCAGGACCGAGUUGUUGAUUUUGCUCGACUGUCACCACCAGAGCUCCUGAAGGCGACGGAAAAAGCGGUCGGAGAUGCGUCGAUGUUCAAUAAUCAUGAGCAGCUGAUCGAGUUGAGGAAACGGGAGAAAGACCUACAGGUGAAAGCCUGUCGGAACACUGAGGAACUGGACCGUCUUCGUCACCAGAACUCACUGCUGGACCGUGAUGUGCAGAGGUAUCAGGAACGGCAGCAGUUCAUGCUUCAAGUGAGAGACUUGGAGAACAAACGGCCAUGGGUGGAGUACGAGGAAGUUCGGACAGAAUUCUCCGAGGCUCGCCAACUUGUUAAAGAUGCGAAAGGUCACUUGGAUCAACUGCGACAGUUGCAUGAACCCAUGCGGAUUAAACAGGAGAAUGCAAAGAAGCGUGAGAAGCAGCUGCAAGUAGAAAGCAAGCAAGCGGAGAAGCUGGUGGAAGGUGCCAAGUCGAAGUGCAUGAGAAUAUCGCAAGACCUGGAACAGCUGGACGAAGAGAUGUCUGAACCAGCACAACGGCUUGAUACUGCACGCAGACAAGAAGCAGAUCGGCAGCAAAAGGUUACAACUGCUGAGCAACGGAUUGAGCAGCUGCAAAAGGAUAUAGAUGAAGUUGUGUCACCGAAGCAGCUGAAGCCACAACUGCAUGAGGCCACUGCUCGUUUACGCGAUGUCAACACCAGAGUGAUGCGCCUCCAGCAGCAGCAGACCACUCUGAGACAGGAACAGGAGCCUCAAGCUCAGCAAAUUGCAACUGUGGAGAAGGAACUUGGACGUCUGGAGGACGUCAGCAAUCGCCGGUUCCAGCAGCUACGCCAAGCUGACCGGGACACGUUUAACGCCGUGCAGUGGCUGCGCAGUAAUCAGGAUCGCUUCAAGCAGCAUGUCUUCGAGCCAGUCUUGCUUGUGGUCAACAUGAAGCGGGCGGAAGAUUCGUGUUUCUUUGAGCAGGUGGUGGGCUAUGGUACGCUCAUCACAUUUGUCUGCCAGAAUGACGAUGAUCUGAAGCUCUUCUGUCAGCUUGUUCGAGACAACCAAGGCCUGCGAAUUAACGCGGCUGCCGUUCCUGAUAUUCGCAUGGAAGAUAUUCGGAAGAGGCAACAAGACAUGCAAGCUGUCAGGCAGCGGUAUGACUUUCGCGCUUCGCUGCUUGAUCUAAUUGAAGGCCCGGAGGGUGUGCUUCGUUUUCUAUGCGGUAAAAGUCGUAUCCAUGAGACAUUGAUCGGUACAGACAGGACGGAAUCCAAUGUUGAUAGGGUGAUUAACGAAAGCCCGCUAACAGUGUUCUGCACACCCAAGUCUCUCUACUUCAUCAAGACCUCUCACUAUGGUGAACGGAACAAAUCGACACAAGUCAGCAGCAUCAAGCCUGGCAGGUUUCUGAACGUAGCUGUGGAUACACAACACCGCGAUACCUUGCAGGCAGAGCUGCGCGAAGUGCGAGAAGCCAUGGAGAAUGGCCGGCUACAAAUAGAACAGCUGAGAGAUGAAGAGAGACAAGUGCGCGUCGAGUCGGCAAAUUUGAAGAAGCAAAAGGACGCUCUACAAGCACAGAAGGACAAGAGGAGUGGGAUAGACAAUCAACUUGCACUUGCCAAAAAGAAUCUGCAGCGUUACCUCAGUCAGAGUGUGGACCUGGAGCGUGUAGAACGGGAGGUGACGCAGGCCCUGGCAAAGACAAAUCAGAAGCGAACGGAGACAGCGUAUGACAUGUCACAGUGUGUGAAAAAAAUGCUGAAUCUCUCAAAUGAGAAGAUACGGCUGGAGCUGCAGCGCUUGCAGUUGAACAUGUUGGAAGACUUCCUUUCAGGCCAAUGUGAUGUGGCCUCGACUGGCUUGAAGGAAGCUGAGCACAACUUUGAUGAACUGGAGAAACGCUCAAAGUCCUUGAAGGAACAGGCCAAGCAGAAACACCGGCAAGCGAAGCAAAUGCUCGGUAUCCGUGAGGAUAAGCCAUCAGCUGACGUCAUUGCGGUGUUCAACAAGUUCCCGAGCACGCUGAUUGAAAUUGACGACAUGAUACAUGAUCUGAAAGCCCGUGCCGAUCUCAACUAUCACACAGACCCCAAGGUUGUGGAGGAGUAUGAGAAGAGAAAAGAAGAAAUUGAGAAGAUGGAGCAGUCGCUGGACACAGAAAAGGACGACCUGCAGGGCCUCACUACUGAAAUCACAGAGAUCAAAGAAAAGUGGUUGGAUCCACUCAAGCAAUUGAUUAACAAGAUUAAUGGUAAAUAUGGUGAAUUCUUCAGUAAAUUGGGCUGUAAUGGAGAAGUUCAACUUGAAGAAAACGAUGAUUACGACAAGUACGCCAUACGCAUCCUGGUGAAGUUCCACACCAGUCAGAAGCUGCACGUCUUGACAGCUCAGCAUCAGAGUGGCGGAGAGAGGAGUGUGGCCACCAUGCUCUAUCUGAUGGCGCUGCAAGAGCUCACUACGUGUCCGUUCCGGGUUGUCGAUGAGAUCAAUCAGGGUAUGGAUCCUAACAAUGAACGCAAGGUGUUUGAGUUUGUUGUGGCGGCUGCAUGCCGGCCUGGAACAUCGCAGUACUUCCUCAUCACACCAAAGCUGCUGACCAACCUCAAGUACACGGAAAACAUGAAAGUGCAUUGUAUCUACAGCGGACCGGAGAUUCACCAGUCUCAUAACGGAAGCUUUGAUCCGCACCGCCUUGUCAAGCAGCUCCGCUCCGCGCAGUGAAGGAAAUAACGCGAAGACCGGCGGUGUAUUGCGCGGGUGCGCGGGUGUGUGUGGCUGGGUGGCUGGGUGGGUGGGUGUGGACGCACCACGUUUGUCACUUCGACCAGUACCCCAUGUGAGAGGUAUGCUAUUAGUAAACCUGUGCCGUGCAGUGCACUGAAUGACUACUCACUAUGAAAUACCACAGCACCUGCAUGUGGAUAGUGACCGGGCUGUUCUCGCGUAUCAUUUGUUCCUUUCGUAUCGUUUGUUCGUUUGUCGACUGUGAGGCCUCCAGGUCCUAGAUCCUCUGCUACACGUAACACGUCCCUGGGUGCGUGCAGGUGGCCUGUGUGAUGUGUCUUUCAGUGCUUCCUAUUGUGAUGUUUGUGACGUUUCCGUCGUCUUGAGUCAGACCGUCUUCUAGUGCGGAUGUAUAUAAUUAGUCGUAGACCUUAGUCUUUGUGUUGCUGUCGGGCUGUCGGGCCAAUGCCCACAGGCCUGGCUGUCAACAUACCCCGAUAACUCUUUUAUUUUUAGUGGUAGGUUCGCCAUGUGUUGGCAGGGUGACCGUUUGAACGAAUGCUAUGACAACGGAAUGAUCGUCCACCUAUCGCAUCAUGCAUGCUAGUCUACUCCAGUGCAUGCACAGGAAAAAAUGGAAUAAUGGUGACACCGCUACAACGAAUCUAGACCAGUACCUCUCUUCUUCUUUUUACCGCUGCUAUCUGCAGACUGUUGCUGUUUUGCGCCAGUCGACUCACAGAAUUCUACCAUCUUGUUCCUCUCCUCGAUUCUGCUCUUUUUACUGGAUAUUUUCCUCUUUAUCUGGCACUCCAUCCGGGGAUUGCUCCAUGCAGUGGGGCGUUCUUCUGACAUCCCCGCGCAUCUCUUUUAGCUGUCGUAUCAGGUUUUCUACAUUAUUUUUAUUACUACACUUUUAACAUUUUUAUUCAUGGCCUGCGCUGGUAUGCUGUCCAUGCCCAUCAGUUUCACUUAGCAAACGCUCUUGGCUUUUUACUAAGUUUUAGUGACGAAAACUAA